UACUUUAUAGUAUAUUUCGAUGCUAAUAUUGUUGCACUUUUACUUAGGUUUCCGAACGCGGGACCUUUGUUUGUAACUUGUAUCUCUACACUGUGGUAUUCCUUCUCAAACGUCUGAGUACCUCUCCCACCACUGUAUCCAUCAACAAAUCAAUCACACGACCUUUAUUAUUCUCAUUCCAAUUCCAAUUCCGGUGUAAACACAGGAGCGUAGGCGCCUCCUCCCCGUGACCCUCCCAUCCCGUGCUCUCAUCGUCUCGACCCUACGCGGUGAGUCAGACUGAGCAGGGAGGAUCUCCACUGCUAACGUGUCCCAUUGGUCGCUUCAGCCAGUGUAAACAUGUAGCCGUUUCAUCGGUCUGACCUUACUGCUAUUAAGCGGCGCUUUCUUAAUCGUGAACCUGUUUGCCAGUCGGCCCGAGCGGUGAUGGCUGUGUCGUUGAAAACGUCGGCUUCGGAACCAGGGCGGUGUAGCGUUAGCUUGGUGACUAGCUAACACCGAAUAGCUAACUAGCGGGUCGUGUUUUGUAUGAGGCUGGCCUUGCUAAUUAGGCGGCUAGCUUCCAGUUGGCAGCCACGAAGGGAUAAGUCGAGGUUGGCCAGACAAAGGAUGGCAAGUAAUGGUAUCUAACGAGGAAACGUCAAGAAGUGGAGAAAAAACAUGAAGAAAUCUAGAAGUGUCGGUGCCUCGGCACCAGUGAAUGGAAGACAAGGUAGCGACUGGGACGCCAGGCGGAAGAGGAAAAUUUCGGAUAUCACACAGGCCCUGAGCGCGAGUCCGGUGGAUAUAGCAGCUCUGAGGAGGAUGGCUAUCAGUGAAGGAGGGCUGCUGACUGAUGAGAUACGCUGUCAAGUGUGGCCUCGUCUUCUCAACGUCCCCCUUCAGGUCAUGGACCAGGAGCCAGAGACGGUGGAGCGAGAGAAUAACAAGGACUACAACCAGGUCCUGCUGGAUGUCCAGCGCUCACUGCGGAGGUUCCCACCUGGUAUGCCAGAUGAGCAGAGGGAGGGUCUCCAGGAAGAGCUAAUUGACAUCAUCCUCAGAGUUCUGAAACGUAAUCCCCAACUGCACUACUACCAAGGAUACCAUGACAUUGUUGUCACCUUCUUGUUAGUCCUGGGAGAGCGCCUUGCAACUGCUCUUGUGGAAAAGCUCUCCACGCAUCACCUCAGGGACUUCAUGGAUCCCACCAUGGACAACACAAAACAUAUUCUUAAUUAUUUGAUGCCCAUCAUUGAGAGGGUCAACCCAGAGGUGCAUGACUUCAUGCAACAGGCUGAGGUGGGUACAGUCUUCGCUCUUAGCUGGCUGAUCACCUGGUUUGGCCAUGUCCUGUCUGACUUCCGCCAUGUUGUCCGGUUGUAUGACUUCUUCUUGGCCUGCCAUCCACUGAUGCCCAUCUACUUUGCUGCUGUGAUCGUACUGUACAGAGAAGAGGAGGUGUUGGAGUGUGAAUGCGACAUGGCUAUGGUUCAUCACCUGCUGUCUCAGAUUCCCCAGGAUCUGCCAUAUGAGACACUCAUCAGCCGAGCAGGAGACCUUUUUGUCCAGUUUCCUCCUUCUGAACUGGCUAAAGAAGCUGCCUCACAUGAAAGCAUGGCAACCUCUACCUUUAAGGACUUUGACCUUGCGUCCACACAACAGCGACCGGACUCUGUUCUCCGUCGCCGACGCAGACAAAAACAGGCUGCGCUGGACAGCUCAGCAGCCAGCUCGGUAGUAGCAGUGGCUCAGCCUUCAGCAGCACGGCGGUUUGUUCGGCUGGCUGUCAUGGGUCUGACAGUGGCUUUGGGGGCAGCAGCUCUCGCUGUGGUCAACACCGCCUUGGAGUGGGCCCCAAAAUUGGACCUGUUUCCUUGAACUGUUCCUCCUUUACCCCUACACACUAACUCACCUGUCCUUGACUGAAUCUAGGUGGUGGGUCUGUUUCCAAGAGCCCCUUAAACCACAAACCCUGCAGUCAAUAACAUUGUCUGGAGUGUACUCUCUAAACUGAACCAGUUAACGCUCAUCUUUCAUAUUCUAGGAUGUCACUAAACAUCCUACUCUAUAUAGGGGAUCUGAGGCCCCUGCUAAGGGUCUGUUUCAUCACUCCUGAAGAGCAUGCAGCAGUGUAAGUUACAGCUGCCAGUGUUCUGAAAUGAAGAAUCCAUCCUGUUAUAAUGAAGAGACUGUAUUUCUAAGAACUACUAUUGAUGGUGUCAUUAUUAAAGUUUAUUUAUAUUUGGUAUUAGGAUAAUCUGAUAUUGAGUUAUGCUCACAGAGAUUUAUGCUUGGUGGACUCACUGCACUUCAAACAAACUGCUGCCAAUUAAGAGAGCUGAGUUGAAUGUAUGAGACGUGUGUGUGUGUGUGUGUGUGUGUGCGUGCGCGCAACCCAUUUGUUAUCUAAUUGAAACCUGGACUAAGACCAAAUAGAGGAUUGGUAGAAGCCUCUCUUUGUAUAAUUUACUGUUUCUUAAUUUAUAGGUACCCGAAUCUGUAUAGAAAUCUGGUCAUGUCACACAGGCACUUUUUAAGGUCACCAUUUUAUCAUGUUUAUAUGUCAUUUUGUCCCAUUUCAAAAGUUGUCACCUUUGACUACACAUUUUAGUUUUGGAUCACUGUUGGGGUCAAAAUGUUAAUGGUGUAAUCAAAGUAAAUGUAUUGUAGCCUGCUUGAGACUUAAUUUUGUAUCUCAAAACUUAAAUCUGAGGAUUAGGCCCAGAUUGCGGUACAGCUUUCACAGUCCAGGACGUAAAAAUCAACCGUACUGAAAUGGUGUCACUGGAGCUUUUCCAUUUACCUACUUACUCAAUUGUUUGGUUGUGCAACCUUAAAAAUAUGUCUGUUUCAUUGCCCCAAAUAACUAGUGUAUGUUUCCUGCUUCACUUUUUCUGAAGUAGACGAUUAGAUCUCGCCUCAUAGUUAACACACUCACUCAAUCACUCAAUGCCUGGUAGCAGAAAAUAUCAGAGCUGGGAUAAAUAGAAAGUGAAAUGAAGUGGAUACUGUAGUCUUUGGGUUGGCGCUGUGGGGGACCCAGUUUGCACUGACUGCAUUAGCUUUGUAAAAUCACUUUUUAGAAUUAGUUUGGUGGGUGCUUUGCUCACUCCUACUGGAAAGGUGCUACUGUCAGAAAAAGCGCCUGAGCCUUUAAAUUAAUACUUUCCAACAUUUAUGUUUUAAACAUGACUUAACCUUUAUUUGAAAACACACCAUUUAGAAAAUUUGAUUGUUGAGAGUGUACAAUAAACAGCAUUUGCAUUUCAGGGGCAGUCCAGCUCAUUCCAAUGUUCCUGUCAUUUUCGUUCAGUCACGUAUUUUAAAUAGGGGAUUGCAUAUGUGUCAGUGGUAUGGCACUGAAUACCCAAAUCUUAACAGACAACACUUAGCAAAUAGUUUGUUAGUAACUAAUUUGGAUUGUCUGAAAUCUUUGUCUUUUGCUCAACAGAAAUCUUCAAAAUUAACUGGGUUGUAGUCACCUGCAUUGGACGGCACAAAAACCAGUCGACCAAAAACGUAUCAUGGGAGCAAUUAAAGCGACGUAUUGAGGAAAUCUGUUUUGCUACUGUAUAGUAGGCACUGAACACCUGGCUAUCCCAUUCCUAUAUUAUGGUCAUUCGAUUUAUUGCCUUUGCAGUGAACUACUGAUUCAGCUAGUAAGAGAGGAAAAACUGAAGGUGACCUGGAACAUGUCCAGAGACGCUCUGAGGUGCCUGAUAGUAUAUCUGUUCAGCAGUAUUUUUAAAGCACCAUGUAUCUACACUCAGUGGUUCUCAUUUAUUUUCAUUGCACUAAAUGAUUUAUCUGCCUUUUGUGUUUAUUUUGUUAUAAUGACACUGUCAUACUAAUGUAAAGUUGUACAAGAGAAUGCUAAUAAACUACUGUG